AUGGGUAGAAGGGAAAGACCUCCAGUUGACCGGAUUAGAAAGCAAGGAGCCCAAGAGUUUCUAGCUAACAUAGAUGACGAUCCAAAAAGAGUGAAAUUUUGGGUCGAGAAUACCAUCCGGGUCUGUGAUGAGUUGUCAUGCACACCAGAGGAGUGCAUGAAGUGCGUGGUAUCGCUUCUAAGAGAUUUAGCUUACCUGUGGUGGAAUACCCUCGUGUCGGUUGUGCCGAGGAAGAAAGUGACUUGGGAGAUUUUCCAAGAGGAAUUUCGCAAGAAGUAUAUCAGUCAAAGGUUUAUGGAUCAAAAGAGAAAGGAGUUCUUUAAGUUGAAACAGGGUAAAAUGACAGUUACCGAGUAUGAGCGUAAGUCUGUGAGGCUUAGCAAAUACGCUCGGGAAUGUGUGUCUAAUGAAGCCAUCAUGUGUAAAAAAUUUGAGGAUGGAUUGAACGAAGACAUUCGAUUGUUGGUCAGUAUCCUUGAAUUGAAAGAGUUUGUUGUGUUGUUUGAGAGAGCAUGCAAGGUUGAAGAAUUGGCUAAAGAAAAGCGGAAAGCUAAUAUGGAGUCUUGA